AUGAACUGUGUGUUUGUUCUUCGCCGCAGAUUCACAGAGUUUUUGGAGCCCUUUGAGAGAGUUGUUCAACCGGAGGAGCUUUGGCUGUACAAGAAUCCUCUAGUUGAGUCAGACCACAUUCCCAAGAGGGUCAUGUUUGCUAUUUCAUUCCUAACUCCACUGGCGGUGAUAUUUGUGGUGAAGAUCAUUCAGAGGACUGACAAGACAGAGAUCAAAGAGGCGUGUUUAGCUGUGUCUCUGGCUCUGGCCUUAAAUGGAGUCUUCACCAAUACUAUCAAACUGAUUGUAGGCAGGCCGAGGCCAGAUUAUUUACAGCGUUGUUUCCCUGAUGGACAAGUGAACGCAAAGAUGCUGUGCACUGGGGAGCCAGAGGUUGUCUCAGAGGGACGCAAGAGCUUCCCCAGCAGCCAUUCGUCCUUUGCGUUCUCUGGUCUUGGUUUCACCUCCUUCUACCUGGCGGGAAAGCUGCAGUGCUUUACGGAUCAGGGUCGAGGGCGCAGCUGGCGUCUCUGCGCCAUGUUGCUGCCUCUUUACAGCGCCAUGAUGAUCGCGUUGUCCCGGACCUGUGACUACAAACACCACUGGCAAGACGCCUUUGUGGGGGGAGUGAUUGGGUUGCUGUUCGCCUACAUCAGCUAUCGCCAGCACUACCCUCCCUUUCUGCACACGGACUGCCAUCUGCCUUAUGCCAGUCUGGCUGCCACCACCAACACGCCCUCACACCCUGAGGACGACCAGCAGCCCACUGACAAUGCCACCACCCUCCCACUGGAGAGCUUGACUGAAGGGCCGGUAUGA